CACAGACGAACUGACCCCCCGUCAACAAGCUACUUCCUCUUUUGUCUAAUUUCAUGGCGAUCGGGAGAGAGGGAACACCGCCGACGCACGCACACCGCCUGAACACUCCUGAAAGAGUUUACUCGGGUGUGAACUAGAUUGUCAACCUGAAAAACACGCUGGAUAUAGUUUUCCAGAUAUUACCAAGUGGACGCCAUUAAAGGAGACUCUCUGGCACUUGGAUUGAUUCCUCACCUUCCCAGGUUGAGACUACUUGGUCUAUGGCUUUGAUGGACAAACACAAACAGGUCAAGCGGCAGAGACUUGACCGUAUUUGUGAGGGUAUCAGACCCCCCAUCCUCAAUGGGCCGAUGCAUCCGCGGCCCCUGGUGGCACUGCUGGAUGGACGAGACUGCACUGUAGAGAUGCCCAUCCUGAAGGACGUGGCCACGGUGGCUUUUUGUGAUGCUCAAUCCACACAAGAGAUACACGAGAAGGUGCUUAAUGAAGCUGUGGCUGCCCUGCUCUACCACACCAUAACUUUAUCCAGAGACGACUUGGAAAAGUUCAAAGGUCUGCGUGUGAUCGUCAGGAUUGGUUCCGGCUUUGACAACGUCGACGUCAAAGCCGCUGCUGAGCUAGGCAUCGCUGUGUGCAACGUGCCAGCGGCGUCGGUGGAGGAGACGGCCGACACCUCGCUAUGUCUGAUCCUCAACCUGUACAGGCGAGUCACCUGGAUGCACCAAGCACUGAGGGAGGGGACGCGUGCUUCCAGCGUGGAGCAGAUAAGGGAGGUGGCUGGUGGCGCCGCUCGAAUCCGCGGUGAAACGUUGGGGAUCAUCGGCCUCGGACGCGUGGGUCAAGCUGUAGCUCUGCGGGCCAAGGCCUUCGGCUUCGGCGUGAUCUUUUACGACCCGUACCUGCCUGACGGCGUGGAGCGCUCGCUGGGCCUGCAGAGAAUGGCCACCCUGCAGGACCUGCUCAUCCACUCCGACUGCGUUUCCCUUCACUGCAGCCUCAACGAGCACAACCACCACCUCAUUAAUGACUUCACUAUCAAACAGAUGCGUCAGGGGGCCUUCCUGGUGAACACGUCACGAGGCGGUUUGGUUGACGAAAAAGCACUGGCUCAGGCCCUCAAAGAAGGCCGAAUACGGGGGGCCGCCCUGGACGUCCACGAGGCGGAACCCUUCAGCUUUUCAACAGGGCCGCUGAAGGACGCUCCCAACCUGAUCUGUACCCCGCACACGGCGUGGUACAGCGAGCAGGCCUCGGUGGAGGCGCGCGAAGAGGCAGCCAGAGAAGUGCGCCGGGCCAUCACUGGUCGUAUCCCUGACAGCCUGAAGAACUGUGUUAAUAAGGAGUACCUGAUGGCGGCCUCUCAGUGGCCCAGCAUGGAGACUGCCACAGUUCACCCAGAACUGAACGGAGCCACUUACAGAUUUCCUCCUGGUCUGAUCGGUGUUGCGGCAGCGGGGGGGCUCCCAGGAACUGGCACAGGCGUUGACAGCCUGGUUACAGGAACCCUGGCCCACGGCAUUGCCCCAGUCACCCAUCCACCCCACGCCCCCUCCCCGGGGCAACCCGCGAAGGCCGAGGCCGACAGAGACAUCCCCUCCGACCAAUAGCCCCCCCACCCACCGUCACCACCAGCACAUUCCGUCAAUUUCUGGAAACCAAACCCAGCAUCCCAGGAUCAGGACCCCCCCCCCCCUCCCCCCGUUUACCGGCAGUAUCGGUUCAACCCGGCGUGGAUCCACAGUCGUUUCUCUGAUGGCAGAAUCAGCCCGGAAGUGACAUGCCCCCCCACAGCUCACCUCCACCCCUCCCAGCAUCAUGUCACUCCUCUACCCCCCUCCCCCCACUCCGUCAGCAAUAACUGUGUUCUCAAGGAUUUCAUGAUUGGAUUGGUUUAGUUUCUUAGCUGGCUGUUGUUUUAAUGAAAAGAUGAUCUUUUGUGGUUCUAAGUAUUAAUGCCCCCCCCCCCCCCCCCCCCCCAACACAAGGCUUUAUUCUGUUGCCCCCCUUCCCCCUAGCUUCCCCUCUGAUUCAGACAACUAGAGGCACAGAGACAAAAACCCCUUUUUACAUAUUGACUCCUGUUACUGCUCUGUUCCUUCUGAUUGGGACAAACGUGUACUGAUGAAAACCCCGUUAGCCCACCCACUCUUAUCUGUCCCCCUCCCCCCUCGUCAGUUUGCUCAGCAGAGAUAUGGGAGUCUGGAGCCCCCCCAACUGUGAAAGUACAUGCUUGUGUGUUUUUAGUGGAACAUUAAAGCCCAACUUCUGUCAGCUUUUAGUAAGACCCUUCCUGACAUUUCUACUUCUACUUUUAUUUUUUUUUAGGACGAACAUUACUAAAAGCAUUAGAAAUGUGUCUUCUGCUUUUGUGCCCAGAUGAAAUUAUCUUUUUUUUUUUUUUUGGAGGGGGGAGGGUUGUUAUAACAACAGCAUACCAGCAGAGGGCGCUGCCUCCCCUGCGGCUCAGACUCCACAUGCCUGCUGGGGUUUUUUCUGUUAUUUUUAUUUUUUUAGGCUAACAGAGGGACAGUUGCAGGUUAGCUCCGCCCACCGCAACACGUCAUCACUUACUGCCAUUUACAACACACGGCGAGACCAAUCCGCCGCCUUAUUGUUUAAGAUCCUGCCACCCACCUAACCCCCCCCAAUAACCCACUAUACACAUGUACUCAUGAUUUGCAUCUUUCAGAUGUGUGUGGGUUUGAUUCCCUGUAGGAGCUGCAUGCUCUCGAGUCAGUGGUGUGUGUGUGUGUGUGUGUGUGUGUGCGCGCGUGUGUGUGUGUGUGUGAGAGAAACUUACUGUGUGUGUGUCUGUUGUGAUAACAAGCUGUUGUUGUUCCAAAGGAUCUGUCCCUCGGAGUAACUCUGAAACGCUGUCGCCCUGGUGUCAAAGGAACACCUCUCUAGUACCUCAGUAACAGAUAAUGAAUGUACCGUGUGUACCCUUGGAUUUUUAUUUUGGACUUUUUUUUUGUACAGAUUUUCUAGAUACAUCUAUACCACAUUUAUUAGAAAUUAUAUGAAAUUGUAGUUAAAAAAACAAAACAAGAAAAACGCCCCAUGAACUAAAUUGACCAAAUCCAUUUAUCAGUAAAUGUACUGAAACCUUAAAAACCAAUGUGCAUUUAAUUUUUUUAAAAAUAUUUGACUUCAUUUUAAGACAACUCAGCACAAUUUCUCAUCAGUAGAGCUAGAAAUGCUUUGAAUUAGCUCCAAAAAUCCCAAAUGGACGAGUGGUUGGUGUGAUCUGCUAGUUUUCCUUAACUAGAGCGCAUAGUCUGAAGAGUUUAGUUAUGUCUCCCUUUCAUUACCAGGCCGCUUUUUACCCAUAGUGCAUGUGAGGUCAUUUUCCAACGGAGAAUAUAAUUACCCCCUCCAUUUUCCUCUUCUGUCCCCUCCAAGUCCUAAUCCCACCAAGUGUUUUCAGCCAGAGUUGCCAAUGUUUUUUAUUUGACUAUUUUUUGUUGUUGUUGUUGUGCUCAGUUUCCAGUGAUGUACAGCUCCCCCCCCCACCCACCCCCCUCAGAGUCUAUGAGAGACACGGAGCAUGUCUGAGGGCUCCUCUGUCAUGUGACGAGUAUAUAUUUUUUAAAAGAAAAAAAAAGGAAGAGCUCCCAUAGUUUGAAUUAUGAGGAUAAUAGUAAUCUUAAAUUUUGCUGUUGAUUCUAUAUAUUUUCAUUUCAGCAGUGCACUGUUAUAAAAAAAACACACAAAAAAAAUCCAUACUUUUGUUGUUGUAGGACUUGAGUUUCAAUGGUUGUGUUCUACAUGUUGUAUUGAAACAUUUCAGACAAAUGAGACACACACAAAGUUCAGUUCCUGAUGUUGUAAUUUCUUUCUCCUGCGUCUCUUUUAUCCUGUGGAUCCGUCAUGCUCCACCCGAGUAACAGUAGCUGUUAUAGAAAAGCCGCCAUGGAACCACUCACUGCCUUAAUACAGUCGACCACAGCAGGUGAAGCCAGGAGGCGUGUCCAAAAAAAAGAAUCCCCUGAAUUUCUGCACCUUCCUUUUAUUUUGAAAUCAAACCACCUCUAGCCUUGUGUAAACUGUCUAAUGAAUCCAUAUUAAUAUUUUUUUUAAAUUUUAAAGCUAACCCAGCAUUGGGAGAAAGUUACAUGCAGGCACUUGUUUGUUUCUGUUUUUUUUUUUUUUGUGCUUCGUUGUUUGCUGUGAGGCGGCCGCUCCGCCAUCCUCCCCUGGCUGCUGGCUCGCUCUGCUGUGGUCUUUUUAACGGAAAACAAACAAAGCAGGAAUUUGCGGUGGGAGUCGGUCACUCUUUCUUUCUCUCAGGGUUCAAAUGCACACAUAUCCUCCAGCAGUCGCCCUGUGUCUCACGACCCCCCCCCCCCCCCCCCAGAAACGGCCUUCCCCACAUUUUGGUUUCUCCUCAACUGUUGAACGAGAAGUGAAUGAAUGUAUGACCGGGUGUGAAAUUGGGAAAUGUAUUGCUACAACAUGUGGACUUUUUUUAUUUUUUUUUUUUAUAUCUGUCUCUCUCCCUCCUCUCCACUUAACGCUCAUUGUGAAUUAAUUUUUUUCUUUCACCAGACUGCAAAAACAAAAACACCAGAAAAAAAAUCCUGUAACUAGGCUCUUAAGCUUUAUUUUUUUGUUUUUGUUUACUUUUUUAUUAGAAACAAUCAUGUUUGUGAUGGUAACUUCCAAUGGUAAACUCCACACCGUAUUUUAAUAAAAUUUUAAAAAAAUUCUAAA